AGGCCCAAAAAAAAAUUAAGAAGAUGAAAUUAACAAGACAAGUGUCAAACCUACUGGAAAUGGCGGUAUUUUGAUAAAUUAUUUAAAAAAAAUUAGGAAAUAUCUGCCAGAAUAUCAUCAUAAUGGAGGAAACAUAUGAAAAACUUGAAGAACUGAUAAAGGACGAUGAUAAAAUUGUAACAGUUCCGUCGUUUGCUUGGGAAACAAACACACCUGAAAAUGAGGCAAGAGAAAUUAUUGAAAAGUUUAUUGCAGUCCAUGAUGAAGAGGAACAAAUCCAAGUAACUUAUGUGUUGGUUGGUACAAAGAAGGGAGAACAUGGUACCUCAGUUGUAUUGGUGCGAAAGAAAGAUUUACAUGAUGUGGCAAAGCUGUUCGAAGAUGGUGUUCAAAAAGUUGUUUUCAGUAUACAAAAGGCGAAAUCAGUGGAUUGGAAUGUUCUGGCUUUGGCAGAACCAAGUGCUGAAUUAUGCAGUGAUCCCAUAAAGGGAUCUGUUAUUGGUAAAAACUGCAUAAAAAGAGUGUUAAAAAAGAAAUUGUUAGCACCAUUGCCAACAGGGACAAUUAAAGGAAAGGGUUCAAUAUUUGCAAAACAACCAAAUAAGGAAAUAAAGUCAGAAGAAAAAGUUGAAGUGAAAAAAGAAACUACUAGCAAUGAGAACAAUAAAAAUAAGACAAAUCAACAAGGAUCUAUUUCAAAUAUGUUUGGUAAAGCAACUGAAAAUAAAAAAUCCGAAGAGAAAGAUGAAAAACCUCUAAAAAAGCUCACCACAAAUUCAAGUCAACCCAAAAAGAAUUCUAUUAUGAACAUGUUUGGAAAAAUACCACCCAACAAAGUAAAAGAACCCAAGAAAGAGAUUGAAAAUGAAGAGAAACAACCGAUAAAAUCAGAAACAAAGUCUGAUAUUUUCGAUUCAGAUACAGAGGAGGAGAUUAUGAAGGAUUUGGAGAUGAUUGAGGAGCAGCCAGUAAAUAAAAAGAAUGUACCAAAUAAAAAAGAAUCAAAUUCAAAGUGUAGUCAGAAAGAAGUAUCUAAAAAUAAUCCCAAAAAGAGAAGAGCCAAAAAUAGUGGUGAAGGUGAAAAGAAACGUAGAAGAAUUAUUGUGGAAAAUGAUUCAGAUAGUGAUAUAUUUGAUUCGGAUAAAUCUGAUAUAGAUUUAGUUGAAAAAUCAGAUGAAGAACCUGUAGUUGUGAAACCUGUCGAAAAACCUCCUAAAAACAAGAAAAGAAAAACCGUAGAGAGGACAUACCAAGAUGAAGAAGGCUUUUUGGUGACUCAAACUGAGUAUGUCUAUGUAUCAGCAUCGGAAGAAGAAAGUGAACCUAUUAAAAAACCCAUAGAAGUAUCAACUAAGCCAAAACUAGAGAAAAAACAGAGCAGUAAUUCUGAGAAUGAUGUUAGUCCCAAGAAAGGAGCUAAAAAAGGGAAGAAAAAUAAUUUAAAGAAGACUCCUUCAGGCAAUCAGACAUCUCUGAUGAACUUUUUUAAACCUAAAUAAUUAUUAUUUAUUGUUUAUAAUAAAA